ACCCGACUAUCCGGUCGGCUCGAUCCAGUUCAGCCCCACCAGCUUUCACGACCGCAAAACGCUCCUUCAACCUGCCCACCAACGCCCUGGACGGCACUCCCUCGAGCAAAAUGCUGGCUACCGCCGCCACUGUUGAUCGCACCUUCGACGACGAUGACUGGCUUGCACCGCAGCCCACCCAACGAUUGUAUCGUGCGGCGUCCGUAGGCAACAGCUGGGGAGUGACGUCCAUUGGCCGAGGUUUCGACUGGAAAGACCAAGAGGAUCAGACACAAGAUCCGCCAGCCCUCGAGCACUCUGCGCGGCUGCACGCAGACCCUCCUGUCCUCUCUCGAGACACUACCGUAACAUUAGGAAGGGCUGCUCGUCCCGCACGGAGUCACCCACACGCUCCUGCAUUCUUUUCCAAUCCCUCUGGAUCGUACUUUGCAUCAUCUUCCCCGUUGUCGCAGUCCCCUAAUCCAUCUCGUCCUUCCUCCCCACUCCCGAUCUCUCGCACCGUUUCACCAGGCCCCCUUUCGCCGGGGUUGGUACGACCACCAUUGUCUCACACGCCUACAUCGCCCCGACUAGGUGGAACCGCUCGUCCUCGACGAAGGUCUUCACAGCAGCGUGUCUCUCUUAUCGCAGGACGUGUGUCGAUCGUACCGUCCCAGCCUCCAUCUCCGCCACCCGCAGUUCCUCAGACGCUCGUUCGAGCGAAUAGCGCAGCUAGCUUCCUCAGCGUAGCCGCAAGUACAGGGCCGCCCACACCCAGUUCAGAGGUUGAUGCGCUCAACGAGCGCAGCAUCUCGGAGUUUGUGAUCGAACGCGAGAUUGGCCGCGGUGCGUAUGGACUAGUGAAGAGAGCGAGAGAAAUGAAUGGUGAUGGCACGCUCGGGCCUCCGCUGGUCAUCAAACAGAUCAUCAAGUCGCGCAUUUUGGCUGAUUGCUGGAAGCGACAUCCAACGUACGGGACCAUCCCCAUCGAGAUCUACGUGAUGUCUGCUAUCUCGGCAACGCAAUAUGUGCUGCCUUCUAGACGACCUUGGGAUCCGUCACGCAUGUCAUUACAGCCGGAUGACAACUGGGCGGAGGGCAAAAUCGUGAACGGCCACCCUAACAUCUGCCCGCUCCUGGACUUCUUCGAAGACAACCACUACUAUUAUCUCGUACUACCUUCCACAACACCGGAGCCGAAAGAUGGUGAACCUACCCCGCCAUCCGAUCUUUUCGACCUCGUAGAAAGCUACCCGCGCGGUCUCCCUCCAGAUUCUAUCAGGUCCUAUCUUGGCCAGAUGGCGGAUGCUAUGACCUUCUUGCAUUCGAAGGGCAUCGUACAUCGAGAUAUCAAGGACGAGAACGUCGUGCUCGGUCCUGCAGGGAAGUGCGUUUUGAUCGAUUUCGGUAGUUCCGGUCUCGUGAAGAAGAAUGGAUGGGAUACGUUCAGCGGAACGCUCGACUAUGCUGGUCCUGAGAUUCUCCGAGGCGAGCGAUACUUUGGGAAGGAACAGGACGUGUGGGCAUUCGGUGUCGUUGCUUACGUCAUGCUUGUCGGAGAAUGUCCAUUCACUACGGCAGCUGAGGCACAGGAGGGCCUCGAGUCACCCUUCUCGAACGCCUCGAUAGCGCUGGACGAACGUUGUGCUGAUGACAAGGAACGCGAAGGAGAGGAACCUGACGGAGGUGGGGCCCUGGGGGACGCCGCCUUUUUAGUCCGGGCGUGCUUGCAGGUCGAUGUCGCGGCGCGGCCAACGUUCCAGCGAAUUUUGCAGAGCCGAUUCUUGAGUGGGCGUGGAGGCUGGGGCGCGGAAGAGUGACUCGUCUCGCGAUAUUGAAGGAAGGAGUCCGCGUGGUCUGUAUGUUAUCUGAUGCCUUGCGGCAGCGAAGAGAUGUUUUCCGGAGAUGUUGUCCCCCGCGACUGCCUUCGGUUUGUGUGAACCAGUGACCUGCUGCACGCUCUAACUUAUGUACCUGCACUCAUCAGCAAGCCUGUGCUAUACAUCGUUUCAUCAUUUAUCUGUGACACUUAAUAGCAUGAUGUCCUCAUAAUCUGUAAUCAUCACACUGUCGUUCUAGGAAUGUAGCAGUCUUGGCCUGACCAUGUCUUAGAGUAGACCCGAAAAUCAAUUUCUUUCGUAAAAUAAA